CACUUUAACUCAACAAACCGGGUUCAAUUGACACCGAUAUGCCAGGCCAGCGUCUAUUAAAGUAGCUGAAGGAGCCGUCAUCGUUUCCAAAUUCGUUGAACUGACAACCUACUGGAUGGUGCCUGAAGAGAAGAUUGGGUGCUAUCUUCGAGUUCAUGCCUAUCUACAUUUCACCGAUGGAACCUCCAUUACACCUGGAUUGACAAAUAUCAAUCAUAAUCCGAAGAUACGGGAGUGGUUGAACGAAGUUGAAAGACAAUUGAGUUCCAUGUCAGAUGAUGAAAUGCAAGAACGACCAAAAACGUUGGAUCAGAUCAAGCGGUCAAUGUCACAGGAUGAUAACAAUGAACAUGUAUCAGAUGUAUCUGACGGCACGAACAGCCAAAUGGAUCUGGACGACGCUCAUAUGCUACUAAGUUUGGCGGACGACAAUCAAAGUGUGGAUGAUAAAGAUCAAGAAGAGCUGAGUGCACAUGUGAAACGAACAAAACUGGACAACUUGGAUCAUGCAGUGAGUGAUAGCAUGUCAGAUACUAAUUUUGGUUGGAGCGACUAUGAUUAUGUGCUGGACGUAGAGUGUAUCAUACCAUCAGAUCAAGAACGCAUUCUCAGCAUGCUGGAUGGUUGGAAUUCACGUUCGUCGAAAGGUUUACCAAAUUCAACAGCAAAACUACCAUCAGCUGGAUUGCCUUCGUGGUCUGAGGCAGUGGCGAAUGCUAACACCCCUUUCGCACCAUCUAAGGCUCCGCAAUUGGUGAAAGUGCCUUGUGAUGUUGAAUGUCUAUCUAGUGCGGACUAUGUGGACCCGACCAGCAUCGAUGUGGACCCUUCACCGGGACUAAAUGCUUUGAUCAAAAAGUUUAUGAAGCAACGAAAUGCACUUUACACCUCGUUCAUACCCAGCAAUCCCACUUGUAAACUCUGAAAAAAAAUUCCAUAUUUAUACAACGCUAAAAAGUAACCCUCAUCAAGCAUGAACGUUGCGAUGACCAGUUCGCUUGAUAUCAGUGGUCUAAAAAAAAGUACAAAUCCUGCCUAUCUACAAAAGACCCAGGUUUGAACGCCUUCAUACCAUCAACCUUGUUCAUUCUAAUCGAGAUGUACCGGGAAGUUGUUGCCACCUGAAUGACUGAGUCCA